AAAAAAAAAAACAAGGAUUAACAUCAAAUCAUUUGAAUACUUUAGUAUUAAUACAAGGCCUUAAUUUCGUUCACUGAAAACUGUAUAGAACAGCAUUCCAUUUAUAAUUUAUCUUCUCUCCCUUCUUCCUCCCAUUAUUUUUUAGACUAAUGGCUGUGAGACACUCUCCUUUUGCUGCUACUCUAAUUUGGAAAUCAUCUUCCACCAAAAAGGAAAGGCCUGCAAAAAGAGUACUGUUGGUGUGUGCGAGUGAUCAAAAUAUUUCAAUCAAAGCUACGGGUAACCGUACUUCUCUUCAGAUCAGAUCAACUUCAAGCCAAAAACUUAAGGUAUUUGAAGAUGGGUCAACGGGCAUAGUUUGUUAUAGAGACGAGAAUGGAGAGAUCACUUGUGAAGGAUAUGAUGAAGGUCCUCGUUACUGCCAUGAAUUCCCAAGAUUUUCUUCUAAGUCAAGAGAUGAAGAAAUCAUAGAGCUACUCCAAAGAUGCUUGCUUCAUGUAGCUGAUUCUGCAUAGUUCAAUUAGAAUCCUAAACUCAUUAUCAUGCUUAUCAGCACUUUCAUACUACUGACAAUAAUAACACAAUAAAACACAGAGCUCGUUUCAGUGUUCAACUUGUUCAGUUGUUCUAGUAGUAUGCUUUACAAGGAGAAUGGACCUUCCUUUUCAUGGUCCAAAUGUAAUUAUGUAAACAAGUCCGACUUUUAAGUAUGGCAAUUAGUUUUCCCAUUUCAACCCA